UUAUGCGCACGUAGCUGCUCACGCACCCAAAUCAUAUGUUCGUCCAAAAAUUAAUGAAAAAGGAGAAGGUCGUUUUUUGUUAAAAAAUUCGCGUCAUCCCUGCCUAGAGGUUCAAGAUGAUGUUUCAUUCAUUUCAAAUAAUGUUGAACUUGUUAAAGACCAGAGUGAAUUACUUAUAAUUACUGGUCCUAAUAUGGGAGGAAAGUCAACUUACAUACGACAAAUCGGUGUUAUUGCGUUGAUGGCACAAGUUGGAUGUUUUGUUCCAUGUUCAGAAGCUAAUAUUUGUAUAUUUGAUUGUAUACUCGCUAGAGUUGGUGCGGGUGACAGUCAACUUAAUGGU